CUACACCAAGCGUGUCAUUGUGUACGCCUGGCUGCAGAUCUCCAAGGGGAGCCGGGGGGAGCAGCCGAGAGGCGCUCGGGAGGGGACUGAGAGCUCGCCGUCAUAUACCGCAGCUUCACCUAGGUCGGGCGGCGCACGGGACGCGGGGAGAAGCCCGACACAACAUGCGGCUCCGUGGGCUUUGAAAACAUCCUGAGCGUCACUGGGUUCUACGGGACCAUCUAAGCGGACCCUGCGGUGCUUUAGGCUCGAUCGGGAGCCGCACUGCCGCUGUAUCUUACGGGCAGCCAAGCGCCAGCGCAGGUGAACCCGCCGGACGGUGCGCCGGUCCUCUGCGGGGGCAUUGAUGGGCGAGGAGGACCGCGACCCCCCAACGAGAGCAGCGCGAGCCAGCGGGAGUCAUGAAGGACGCCGGGGAGUCAAAGGAGCAGCAGCUAACGGUUGCCCUGCGAAUCCGACCCCUUAGCGAAGUGGAGAUGGAGGAGUCCACCACCAUCGUGGCCCAUCGGGUGGACGACCAGAUGGUGGUUCUGAUGGACCCGAUGGAGGACCCCGAUGAUGUUCUCCGUGCCAACCGGUCCCGGGAGAAGACGUACAUGUUCGACGUGGCAUUUGACUACGCUGCCACGCAGGAGCAGGUGUAUCGGGCCACCACAAAGGGCCUGAUCGAAGGGCUCAUCUCGGGGUACAACGCUACCGUGUUUGCCUACGGACCUACAGGGUGUGGAAAGACCUACACCAUGCUGGGAACAGACGCGGAACCCGGCAUAUACGUUCGCACCCUCAAUGACCUCUUCCACGCCAUCGAGGAGACCAGCGACGACAUGGAGUACCGCGUUUCCAUGUCGUAUCUUGAGAUCUAUAACGAAAUGAUCCGGGACCUUCUAAACCCUUCCUCGGGUAUCCUUGAGCUACGUGAAGACUCGAAAGGCGAGAUACAGGUUGCAGGCAUCACCGAGGUGUCCACUAUCAAUGCUCAGGAGAUCAUGGAGUUGCUGAUGAAGGGGAACAAGCAGCGGACACAGGAGCCCACAGCGGCCAAUCAGACGUCGUCACGCUCCCACGCUGUGCUGCAGGUGGCCGUGCGGCAGCAGAGCCGCUGCCGGGAUGUACUGCAGGAAGUCCGCUUUGGGCGUCUCUUCAUGAUCGACCUGGCUGGCUCCGAGCGGGCCUCACAGACGCGUAACCGAGGACAAAGGUUGAAAGAAGGUGCUCACAUCAACCGCUCCCUCUUGGCACUGGGCAACUGCAUCAACGCCCUCAGCGAGAGGCACGGCAACAAGUACGUCAACUACAGGGACAGCAAGCUGACACGGUUGCUGAAGGACUCCCUAGGCGGGAAUAGCCGCACGGUCAUGAUCGCCCACAUCAGCCCCGCCUCCAUGGCCUUUGAGGAGUCACGGAACACGCUGGCGUACGCCGACCGCGCCAAAAGCAUCCGCACGCGGGUGAAGAGGAACCUCCUGAACGUGUCUUACCACAUCGCGCAGUACACCAGCAUCAUCUCGGACCUGCGCAGCGAGAUCCAGCGCCUCAGGACCAAGAUCGCCGAGCAGGGCGGCCGUCAGCUCAAUUCUGACCGCACCGACAUCCGCAGCGUGCAAGCGGAGGUCCAGGCCCACUCCUCACAGGCGGAGAUGAACCAGCUCCGGGAACAGCUUCUGGAAGCUUUCCGGCAGCAGAUGGAGAUCCGCAGAAGCCUGAUGGAGCUGGAGAGCAACAACAUGGAGAUCCAGAUGGACACAUCCAAGCACCUCCUCACCAUUGCCGACUGGGAGCAGGAGCGAAACCGCAGGGCCCGGAAGAGACGGGGGGAGCGGCGCAAGGAGACCCCGGCCAAGGACGACAGCGGGAAGGAGACAGAUUCAGCGGAGUCGCCCUCUGACAGCGGGGAGAGUCAGGAGGUGCUGCUAGCUAGGCAGAAGCUGGUGACCCUAAUGGCCGAGCAGAAGAAGAUCCGCAAGGAGAAGGUGGCGCUGGAGCGCCGCUUCCGGGAGCUGCGGGAGCGCUCGCGCCGGCUGGAGGAGCUGCUGCCGCGGCAGGUGAGCUCCGAGGAGCAGCGGGAGGUGCUGGGGCUGCUCUGCAAGGUGCACGAGCUGGAGAUCGAGUGCGUGGAGAUGCAGUCUCACGCGCUGCUGAAAGACAACGUCAUCCGGCAGAAGGAGGCUGUGGUACGCCGCUUCGAACGCCACCGGCAACUGUGCGAUGACAUCAUUCAGCAGCAGCGCCAGUUCAUCGACGACCACAGCCUGCUGGUGCCACCCCACCUCCAAGAGCUCUAUGACAUCUACAUGAGGGAGCUGGACGAGCGAAACCUGGACCGGGCCAUGGCUCUGGACAAGGUGUCCCUCCACACGCUGAAGGAGGGAUCCCUGCCCAAGAUCACUCUACCUGUCCUGGGGCCCGACCUCCUACAGGACCGGGACUUGCAUCAGGAGAGCGUCUGUACGUUGGGCUCCGAGAGUGGGCGUGGCCACCCGGGGGGGGGGAGGCGCACUCUCCCACCCAUCUUUCCAGAGCCUGAAGGUGACAACAACAGGGUGUUCAGGAGCAGUGCUCAGUCCCGGCAGAUGAAGCACUCUGUGUUGCUGAGCCACCCUCCCCUCUGCUUGAACGAGGACCUCAGCCCUCGCUUCGGGCCCUUGAGUCACAGUGCCAGCAGUCAGCCAGACUCAUCCCCUGAGAGCAGCGAGAAUGGAACCGACGCCACACUCUCACACAGAGAGUGUCAGCAGAUCCUGAAGGGUGUGAAGGACGUGGCCAUGAAAGCUGCCCGCCGGCGCUCUAAGGCCCUGGAGAUAGACACUCUGCAGCUCCCAGCACCGCCCUCCCCACUGGAACCCAAGAAGCACAAGAGCAGCCUGUCCUUGAGUGAGGCGCCCCCUAGAGGCACGCAGCGGCGUUGCGGCCGCCAGCCCAGCCCCGAGCUACGGCACGCCACUUCGGACGACAACCUGUCCAGCAGCACUGGGGAGGGACCUGGGCAGCGGGGUACCUGGACCCGGCGCUGCCGCCGCCUGCCCGCGCCCAAAAACCCCGCCGCCCGGGAGAAGGACUUUGAGUCCCGCCGUCGCAAGAGGAGGUCACGCUCCUUCGAGGUCACAGGGCAGGCGCUCCCACAGCCCAAGGCAUCUAGCCAGCGUCUGCGGCCCCUGGACAGCACCUCGGACCCCCAUCUCCACAGCCUGCAGCCCCCCGCCCCCCCGUUUCGGCCCCAAGUCCGGGGGGUCCACCCCCUAACCAAAAUCCAGCCAGCCCACCACAGUCACAUGGCAGGCCUGACAACAGCCACCUCUGACAUUUCUACAUCCAACUUUCCCAUCAGCCACCUGGGCAAUGUCAAGCGGGGGUCUCACCUCAGGCAGCCUCAGCCUGUGCUCUAUGUCACCACCACCGGCACGGGGGGGCAUCGCACUCGCAAGCACUGACCUGACCCCCCCAAUAUGCUGCCUUGACUCCACACCUCGGUUCUUCAGACCUGACUUUACUUCCGUAGCCCCCCCCCCCCCCCCCCGGAUCAAGUGUCCAUCAGUACCAGGACCCUCCAGCCCGUCUACACUGUUACCUCAUGAAUACUAUCCACACCUCACUUUCACAAUUUAAAAAUGACCCCCACUGCCUGUAGCCCCCCCCCCAACCAUGAAUUCUUGAGCACUUAUCUGAACACGCUUCAGGCACAGAACCCACCGCCUCGGCCCAGCGUUACACCAUCCGAUGCCCUCAGCACUUAUUCCACAGUUGGCCCUCAACGGGUCACCACCGGGUAUUGGAGGUGAUCUUCUUUACGUGACCAUAGACAGAAUCUCUGAGUGUCCCUCCCCCGACCCGAUUUAAACAUGACUGCCAUUUGGCAGAACCUGGGCAGUGCUAGCAGAUAAUCCGACUCCCUUAACCCCAUUCAAACAAAGGUCCAAACUGGGACUUGCUAAGACUUUAACUAUGAGAGUGGUUCAGACCUACCAUUCAUAUCUGGUGGGAUAAGAGCUAGUUAUGUAGACAAACAAAAGCAGAACGAACGCAUCAUCAGAGGCCUGGUUCACUGAUAAACCGCCUCAGUCAUACGCUUAUAGUUACCUGAAUUGAUUUAGCGGUGACAAGGGUUUGAAUGGAAUAUUUAACCCAUGAUUUUAUGACAAUGUAUGUCAAUAUUACUGUAUCCCUUCCACAGAGAUCUAUUUUGAAGGACUUGGUGACCCUUAAAUGUCAUACCUGUAGGACAGGUACCUGUUGACUUGCCCUCUCGGAUGGAAUUGGGUGUACCCCCUUACUCUGCAUCAUGCUACCUUCUCACCACCGUUGCAUUCUUUCAUCUCCCAUUCUGACACUGUCAUCUUUAAACUGCUUUUAUAAUCUGAGCUUCGCUGGUUCUUUUUUCUACACUUUGUUUUGUACAUGUUUUGUAACCAAAUAAAUCUGAAAAUCAGA